GAGAAGACAGAGCGUGAGAGAGCGAGAGAGAAAGAGAGAGAGAGAGAGAGAGAGAGAGAGAGAGAGGGAGGUGGGGGGCUUGGCUGGGAGGCUGAGGAGGACCGUGGACCUGUGCGCAGAAGAAGAAGAAGAAGAAGAAGAAGCAGCCGAAGAAGAAGAAGACGAGGGGUCAUCGUCCGACACUUUCUCAUCACUGACAACCGCUCAGGAUUUCAGCCGUUCUUCCCCCUCACCUCCUCUGGCCUGACAGACCCACCAGCCCGUCACCAUGAACUACCUUCGCCGGCGUCUAUCAGACAGCAGCUUCGUGGCCAACCUCCCCAAUGGUUACAUGAUGGAUCUUCAGAGGCCGACCCCUCCAGGUUCAUCCACUUCCUCUCCUGCCUCCCCAGCCACAGAGAGGCGGCAGCCCCCGAGCAUCCCUAGCCAAACCCAGGGCUCGGGCUCAGCCUCAGGCUCAGCUCCAGGCACAGGGAGCUUCCUCAGCUCCUUCUCCAGUGUAGUGAAGAGCGCUCAGAUGGCCCAGAAUGUUGCCGCCGCUGCGCACGCUAAAUCAGCGGCAGCAUCAGCUGAAGGUGCCUCUGCAGGAAGCAGUCAACCAGCCAAGCCUGUCAUACGCAAGCCCAAGAUCCUGCUGGUGAUUGAUGAUCAGCACACAGACUGGGCAAAGUAUUUCAGAGGGAAGAAGCUGAAUGGAGAGUACGAGAUCCGAGUGGAGCAGGCGGAGUUCACAGAGAUCAACCUGGCCUCCUAUGUCAACUCGGGAUGUAUGGUGGACAUGCAGGUCAACAAAGGUGGCACUAAAGUGGUCAGGUCCUUCAAGCCAGACUUUGUCCUGAUCCGGCAGCAUGCCUACAGCAUGGUCCCCGGCGAAGACUUCAGGAACCUUGUGAUCGGCCUGCACUUUGGCGGCGUCCCGAGCAUCAACUCUGUCUUCUCCAUCUACAACUUCUGCAGCAAACCAUGGGUGUUUUCUCAGAUGAUUAAGCUCUACCACUCCCUCGGUCCUGAGAAAUUCCCACUGAAUGAACAAACCUUCUAUCCCAACCACACACAGAUGGUUACAACUCCUACCUACCCUGUGGUGGUCAAGAUGGGGCACGCCCACGCCGGUAUGGGAAAGAUCAAAGUUGAAAACCAACAGGACUUCCAGGACAUCACCAGUGUGGUGGCUCUGGCCGGAACCUAUGCCACCACCGAGCCCUACGUCCAGUCCAAAUAUGACAUUCGCAUCCAGAAGAUCGGCAACAACUACAAGGCUUACAUGAGAACUUCCAUAUCUGGGAACUGGAAGGCUAACACAGGUUCUGCCAUGUUGGAACAGAUUGCAAUGACUGACCGAUAUCGGCUGUGGGUGGACUCAUGUGCUGAGAUGUUUGGUGGCCUAGACAUCUGUGCAGUCAAGGCUGUCCAUGGAAAAGAUGGCAACGACUACAUCAUCGAGGUGAUGGACAGCUCCAUGCCUCUGAUUGGUGAGCACAUAGAGGAAGAUAAACAGCUGAUCACAGAGCUGGUCAUCAACAAGAUGGCCCAGGUGCUGCUGGGAGUUUCAAUACCUCAGCCUUCCUCUGUCAAGACCACACAGCCCAGACGAGGAGGACACCGCUCUGCUUCCGCUUCUCCAUCCCAGUCAGCCCAGGGGUCACCUCAGCGAGCCCGGUCAGCCACCACUUCGCCCAGCCAGGCAUUCCAGCCUGGUCCCAUCCCCGCCUCAUCCGGGCCUGGAGCUCAGAAACAGUCACCACAGCUAAACAAAUCCCAAUCGCUGACCAACACCUUCACAGAGACGUUACGAGGAAGCCUGACCGACGAUGAGGCCAAAGCUGAGACUAUCCGCAGCCUCCGGCAGUCCUUCGCCAGCCUGUUCUCUGACUAAACAUCUCCCCAGAAACGUCCUCUUCCUGUCAGUCAUCAGGUGUGAAAAAAGAACCUGACUGGUUAAUCUGUUACGGAGUCUCUUUCCUCCUCUGAGCCUCGGCUCCCUGUUCUUUCUCUUUCCUUCUCCAUGUUUGUGAAGUUUAAGACCUGGUGCAACCCGCUGUUCUCAAAUCAACAAUAAAUUUAUCUCUAGAAAGGCCAACAGAUUUAUAAAGUCUUAGAUCAAGGUCACCAAGGUCAUGACUGAUGAUGUCAAAUUUUCUAGCUCUAUCUGUCUUUCUCACAGGAGCUACAGUAUUAAAGAUGUGGGAUGUCAGUGCAGGUGCAGAAUCAAACCAAAUCCCAUUCAAAUUUCUGUAACUUCUUUGCUGUUCAUGCCAAUUAAGAAUAUAAGCAUUAAGCAUAUAAGCAUAUGAAGACAUACACUAGGUUCAUAUAAACAUUUGUUUAGCCUUUAUUUUGUAAUUUUUUUCCCCACAUGCUACUGGAACUGUCUCCUUAUACCUAUAAUUCCUAGUGUUUUAUUUAACAACACUCCAGGGUUCAGAUCAGCAGUAGAGCCAAUGACAGUUUGGCCUUUCUAGUGGUAAAUAAUUACAGUAAAUAAUCACAAUCUAGCUGGUACUGCUUGGUAUAUAGUCGUUAUUCUGCAUUUGUUUGUCCAACCAGUGAAACUGUUUGCGAUCUGUCCACGUUUUAUUUAUUUAUAUAUUUAUUUCUAUUUAUUUUCAUAAUUUUAAUUGACACGCAGCUUCCAAACUGUUUGCAGAUGUCUACAGCAAUAUUCUUAUCUAAAACUGUUCCAGUUAACUCAUGAGAAAUGUACUGAAUCCGCACGGUUCACCAGCGAUCUUUCAAGCAUCUUGCCAGCAGCCACAUUUCUCAGACAUCCAUGUGCUGUAGACACAUAUUGGCUUACGUAGUGACUCCUCUACCCUGGCCUAAAAUUACCAAAGUGCUUUUUAAUAAAACAUUAAAAACAAUCCCCUCUGCACUAGGUCAAGAAAACAAUCACACAGCGAACCAACCAUUGAGCUUGUGAUUUCACAAGGUGCAAAUGCUGUACUGGCUUACAGCCAUCGUCUUCCAUCACAGUUCAGAUCUUCCCCUGCAAUUGUUCCUUUUCUUGAUGUUUUGUGCUUUGUGAAUAGCACUACGGAGUAUUUUUGUGGGGGAUUUGUAAGAUAAGAAGUACUGCUCUGUGUUUAAAGGCGAACAGUUAGGAUGUAAUAUUUAAUGGCGUUUAAUGUGCUUCAAUUUCCACUGAGACAGAAAAGUUUUGGCUCUAUAACAUGAUAUCUUCUAUCUUUAUCUUCCUGUAUUCUCUACAACUAGUGUCAGCUGGGAUUGCAGCUGGGAUUGCAUAUAAUUUACCACCAUUGCAGUGGUAGUAGCCAUAGCUGCUACUCUUCCAACAUUUAUCCUGCUUUGGAGCUGCACGUAAAUGAAUGUACAUCAAGUCAAACUAUUAUUUUCUAACAGAAAACCAACAACAUAUGUAACAAAAUGUAUAACCAUGUUUUGUUAUACAUUUUGUUACAUAUGUAGAGCUGUAAUUUCUUUAUAAUUUCCUGGGAAGAAUUAUGAAAUUUGGUACAAAUGAUAAUGAAAAUGUAGACCAUGUUUUGAGAAGUUACUUGAUGACAUAUGUACCCACAACUAGGAAAUAUUAGCAUUUAUAAACAGCUGAUGAUGUCUGGAGGACUUUCCUUAUUGAACUGCAGAACCUACAGAUAGAAUGCACAAACACUAUAUUGUAGCCUUCAAUGAAAAAAAGGAAAAAAGAUACAUAUUAAUCUAUAUAUUAAUUUAUUUGAUAUAAACCAAGUUAUUUGUUGAGUUGUAUGCUAAAAGACAGUUAUAUGGGUAAAGGAAGUUUAAAGGUGCUAUAUGUAGGUUGUUUUGCUAUUGUUACAUAGCCAACAUCAGCAUUAACAGCUGUUUACUUAGUGAGAGCUUUUAGCCAUUAUUAUGUUUACAAGACAUCUUCACCCUCUCAUGUUGGUCUGAGGGCAGACUGGACACUACAGUGACUCACUGUUGCAGAGUGGUAUUAUGAGACAAGGUAGCUGUUUAGCAUGCUAAGAAGGAAAAAAGUGAUAGAUGCAAAAUAAGACUUAACAUCUGCGUUUCUUUCAACCGUGGAGACAGCACUUGGCGAGUAAAGGAAUGAAGUUUGAUGCUGAACUCACAAUGUUUCUUCUGGACUGGUAAGUAAACAGCUGUUCAUGAUAAUGUUGGCUAUGUAGCAAUAGCAAAGCUUUACAUAUAGCACCUUUAAGUUUGUUGGAAUUAUUUUAAAGGGUACCAACUGUACACUGUCUCAGUUUUCCUUAUAAUUAGCACCAAAUUACAUCUUUUACAGGAAACAUUAUAUUGUUAAAUUACAAGGACUUGUAAAGUUAAUUGUUAGCAAGCUUUUUUCCCCCCAAAACACUUACUGCAACUUUGGUGCAACACUUGCUCACAGUGGGAGAUUGACUGUAUAUGUUGCUUUUCAUGCAGAGCACAAUCACAAUCUAAUAAUUUAUAAACUGGCCAUUUUGCAGGAAGUUGUCAAGAUGUCUGUUAGUUGGCUCUAUGUCUGUGCUACAAACUGAAUAAGCCUAGAUCUCCCAUUUUAUUUAGACGGGCCUGGAGAAAAAAGAAAAUUAUUGACUGCAGUGUGUACAAAUAAGACACUUGAAUAUCAGUGAGCAGUAUGCAGUAGUUUCAAUGGACCUGUUAUGAUUCCAAAGUUUAAAGUUUUCAUUAAUAAUAAUAAUAACAAUAAUAAUAAGGCCCUGAUUUUAUGAUAAAAUCUAUUCAAAUGCAUGAAGCUGUAUAAAAUGUGUGUGGGUGUGUAUGUGUGUGUGUAAAGUUGUAAAUUGCCAUCAUGAUUAGUAACGAUACUACCACAAACAAGAACAGCCCAUUUUUGCAAUAAUUAUGUUAAUAACAAGUUUUGGGUUUUUUUUCCAUUUUGACUUUAAACUUGGAACUCACAUUUUCUUUUACCAAGCUUUUAUUUGGGGGCAUUGCCUUCCAGUCUCACUGGCAGUAACAUAAAAAACUAGCAUUGUUUGUCCAUUCACAACAUGCCUACUAUAGUGCUCAUAACCAACAAUUGUACAAAGCAAUGAUCAGGAUUGGAGUUUUACAAACAGUUGCUCUGGAGCAAAAAUGAUUUGAUUGGUUGCAUUUAUCAUCGGUGUGUGGAGCUACAUAAUCACAGUUGUUAGUCUAGUUGCUAGUUAAACUAGUUAUUAAUUAUUAGGUGCCGUUGUUACUCCUAUUAAACUCCUAUUAAACGUUUUCGCAAAGUACUGUUGACUAAUAACACACUGGCAGAUUGAGUACUUUUUUUUUUUUUUUUUUUUGGAAACAGGUAGACCCCCAUCGGCUGAAAUGAUAACUGUCACUAGCAGAUUUUAUCAACUGUAGCUAGCCAGCCAGUUAAGCCAACAUUAGUUUCAUUGGUUUGUUGAAAAAUGCUUUGAAAUGCUCCUUUUAAGUUAUAUUAUUACUGUAGGCAGUAAGCUCACCUGCUCACCUUCAAAUAUCAUGAAAUUUGUGCCAGUGAUAUUAUAUUUGUGCCAUUUAAGCUUGCCAAACCUGACAAGCAGUCAUAGGUUGUAAUAAAUCUGUCUCCAAGGAUUGUUUGGAGUAAGUAAAACUCUGAUCAGCAGUCAGCUUUAUCUUUGAGUUAAUGCAGUGUCUUGUCACUGAGCACUUUUGCAAACAUGUCAUCACCUUUGGCACUGUGUCAAAACGGACCAAAUUAGCAUAUUGUGAGACCCCCUGAAGGUUUAAAUCAUAUUGUUUUGUCUUUUUUGUAAAGAUGCCUACCACUUAGUAUGUUAUACUGCAGUGUGAUAAGCCAUAACAAAACCAUGAGGAUUUAGUAUCCCACAUGUGCCACGCAAUAAUGGCUGUGACGUCACUGAUAUACUGACAUAUUAACUUGAUCACUGUGUCUGACAGAAGGUGGCCUGUCCUGCCCUAAAGAGGCACACAGCAGUAACUGUUUUUGAUUUUAAAUUAAAAUCAUGUGAAAUCAUACCACACAGUUUAAUUACCUUUACUUCUGUCAGGAUGAAAGAUAAACUUUGAUGUCACUUUUCUCAGUUUUACAGCACUUUGGGUUUAAAAUACAGUUUAGGAUUUAGCUGAUGCCAUACAUAUGCUCAUCUCUUAGGUCAGAUUAUAAUCAAUGACCAGAUGUCAGAUAAUUUAAACCUCUCACAAGUAUAUACUUGCUUUUCUUUCUUUUUUUUAAGGAACAGACAGAAUCUCUCACUCAGCUGCUAUACAGUAGCUUAACACACCUAUUUGUUUUUUUGAUUUGACUCAAUUUGAACUGAGCUGCAAAGUUUACUAGCAACUACCUCAAGUUCAGCAGUGCUCUGCAGAAACUGACUGUAGAGUGGUAGUUCUGGAAAAGAUUUUGUGAAAACAACAAUGUAGUGUGUGUGACAUCAACCUGGGGAAGAUCAGAGUCUAGGUUUCCUCCAACAUGCAAGCAUUUGCAUGUAACACCUUGCACACUAUGAUGUGAGAGCUGCUCAGUCACUCCACAAACAUACUCCUCUCUAAGCAUUAGUGUCCCCUCAGUGGAAUGUGAAUAAAUGAAGAUCUUAAUAUUUUUGACUUCUGGAGAGAAACUGGUGUUUCCCUCAUUGUACCAUCAUUGAUCAGGUUUUGAAUCUGACAUGAUUAUUCCCAUCUGUUAUAAUUUACUAUAUUAGAUUUUCAUGUGUAGCUCUUCAUUUUUAUAUAGGACCAGAUAAAUAUACAUAGCCUGGGGGGCAACAAGGGUCCAGUUUUGUUCCAGGGCCCCCUAGCAGGUUUAUCCAGCCCCGGUUGUGGAUCUUUUGUUUUUUGUUUUUUUUUUUUGUAACAACAGUGAGCAACAAAGGAACAAUUCAAAGAAGCUCCACUUAGUCUUCCUCACCAAAAUCUCCUAACCUCUAAUCAUCUCUUCCAAAACCUGUUGUUGAUGUCACAGAUGCCACAUCAACAUUCUUUUAUGGUUGAUGCUCAUUUCACAAAAUUUUGUGAAACAAGCAUCACUUCACACUCUAUGUUUUCUUUUAUUGCAGAUUUUCAGAUAAACAAAACAUUUUAUUUGGAGACAAUGCAAUACUCUGCUGUGUAACUUUGUUUUCUUUUAGUUAUGAUAUGGUUGAGUUGCAGGCUCAACUUUGGGUGUGUUGAACUGAUACAUAGCCUAACACCGAAUUGAAUAUGCAGCCACAGAGACUUGCCAUUAAUACAGCUAAUACUGCAAGGAAAUCCACUUAAAAUGUGGUAUUUGUAAAUGUGAGAAAUAAUGUCAUUGCACGGGUUUAUUUGCUGAUCAUUCAGUCCACUGUGUUCCUUCCUCUCUGCUGAAUGGUGGGUGGUAUUGUAUGGUACUUUAAGUGUAUUGAUGUUCUGUAUAUUGGUGUAAAUGUGGCAUGAAAACCAACCCCUCUUGUGUGCCUCAGGUGUGUAAAUUUGGUCGUUAUGUGAUCUUAAUGUCUGGCUGCUUAUUUGUGAGAAGUGUGAUGCAUCUCAUGUGUAAUUUAUUAGUAUUAAGAUUAUUUUGUUUUCUGUACUUUUGUUUUUUGUCUGAAAAUCAAGAUUUCUGUUAUUAAAAGUAACAACUUUUAUUACA